GGAAGAACGAAUUGUUGAACUGUUAUCACAUAACAUUUUGUGUUGUACAUAUAGCAGUCUCAGUGUAGGGGAUUGUUAUAUAUCUAAACAAAUAGUGAAAAUGGAUUCAAAACAAGAAAAACAAUACAUUUUUAAUAUGAAGUUGGCAAGAAUUAUGGGGUUAUAUCAAAUUUUAACUCCAAAUUCCACUAAAAUUUUUAACUACAACAUAUAUCAUGUAGUUAUUGUGUUUUUUGGAUCAUUCAUGUUCAUCAUAUCAAUGUUGUUUCCAAUUGGUUUGCUAUAUUUAAGAAAUGAUAUAAUUGCGUUUAUGUACUAUAUGGGUUGCAUAAACAAUUUUCUAUUAUCCAGUUAUAAAAUGGGUAAUAUUCUUUAUUAUUCCAAGGAUAUAUGGAAAUGCAUUGACGUCACAAGCUUUUAUUUUGUGUCAUAUAAACAUUACGAUAGAAAUUUAUUUGAAAACUGUCAGAAACGGUCUAUACGAAUUACUUACAUAUAUAUCGUAAUAGCGUUAUUUGCUUUUUUUUGUUGGAUUUUUAGUCCAUGCGUUAUGAAUAAAUCUAUCAUUACUAUUAGAAACAUUGACGGUUCAUAUAGUAAUUACCGAAUGAAUAUUUUUAAUAUAUAUUUAUUAGCAUCACAUGAAACAUAUAACAUGAAUUUUUACAUAUUUUAUAUUAUUGAAAUAAUAGUUAGUGUUUGCUAUGUAUAUUUCACUAUAGUAUUUGAUGUUCUAAUGCUUCUGAUAUGUUUUGCUAUAUCUUACCAAUUGGAAACAAUUAGUAAUUCGAUCAAAUUACUUGGCUACGAAAUAGCUACACAGGAUAAUAUCAGGACUAGUAAAUCAAUACAAUUAGAGAAGAAAUGUGACAAAAUAUACAAUGAUUUAAUAACGAUAAUGGCAGAUCACCAAAACGUCAUAAAAAAGUUAAACGAUUUUUAUAACAUGUUCCGUUUAGUAACGCUAACUCAAAUAUUUAUAGCUUCAAGUUCACACGUAUUUAUUUGGUUUAUAGCUGCAAUGAGCUUAGAUGGAGGUGAUAAUGCAGAUUCAAUAUUGUCAUUUAAGCUGUUUAUUGUACUCCCUCUCAUAAAUUUUCAAUUAUUUAUGACUUGUAGUUUAUUUGGAACUAUAAAUGAAAAAAAAGAUUCGAUCAUUUUUGCAUUAUAUAGCAGUAAUUGGACGGAUAUGGAUUUAAAAAGCAAAAAAAUUGUUUUGCUUAGUUUGACAAUAAAUAAUGCCAACCAAUUAAAAAUGAAGUUUACAAGUACCAAAAUUGUUAACUUGGAAAUGUUUAGUCAUACCAUGCGCUUUUGUUAUUCGAUAUUUUCAAUGUUAAUUAAUUAUAAUAAUAAAAAUUUUAAAAAAGGAUUAUUUCCUUUAGUUUUAAAGUAUUAUUCGGGUAAACUAAAUGGGGGAAAUACGUUUGGGCGCAUUUACCCAAAACAGAGCAUUUUAGGGCGAGGUAUUCAAAUACUUCCAAAAAUUGAAUAUUUAAUAACCAAUGUACUGAAAGAAUUAGGAGAAACUAAUGGUUCUAGUGAAACAUCCAAAAAUAAAGUUUCUAUUUUAGCUGCACUGGAUGCUUUUCAUGUACUCUGUAAACAUCCUUUUGGAUAUCACAAAGUAUCUGAAAGCAAAUGGAGGUCACUCCUACAGAGUACAAUUGCUAAAUUGAUUGAUAUAUCUAAAACUGGGCUUAGAGCAAGCGGUCUCCUCUAA